AUGGGUACGAUUUUUCCUUUUGAUAAAUAUCAAGCUGAGCUGUCGGAGGUGGUCAAUAUCGAUAUUGCUACUACUAAUAAGCUUCAUGUUGACAAAGUUUUUCACAAGUGUUUUGUGGAAGUUGAUGAAAAAGGAACUGAAGCUGCUGUUACUACUGCCGUUAAGGCGCAUGUGGAGUGUUGCAUGAUGCGUCCUCGUACACCUCCUCCUCGUGUUGAUUUUGUGGAAGAUCUUCCUUUCAUGUUCAUCAUCGGAGAAGAGCAAAGUGGUGAUGUGUUGUUUAUGGGACAUGUUCUUAAUCCUUUGUUAAAUUAG